AUGCAAGGCGAUCAGCGGAAAAAGGGAUCUGUAGAUGUAGAUUUCUUCACAGAAUAUGGUGAGGGUAGCAGAUAUAAGAUUGAGGAAGUGAUCGGUAAAGGUAGUUAUGGCGUUGUUUGCUCUGCAUAUGAUACUCAUCUUGGAGAAAAAGUUGCAAUUAAGAAGAUAAAUGAUAUCUUUGAGCAUGUCUCUGAUGCCACACGCAUCCUUCGUGAGAUUAAACUUCUUAGGCUUCUUCGUCAUCCGGAUAUUGUUGAAAUUAAGCACAUCUUGCUCCCUCCUUCGAGAAGGGAAUUCAAAGACAUAUAUGUGGUAUUUGAACUUAUGGAAUCUGAUCUUCACCAGGUCAUUAAAGCAAAUGAUGACCUAACACCUGAACAUUACCAAUUCUUUUUGUAUCAACUUCUUCGAGGCUUGAAGUAUAUACAUACUGCUAAUGUCUUUCAUCGGGAUUUGAAACCUAAAAAUAUCCUAGCUAAUGCUGACUGUAAGCUCAAGAUAUGUGAUUUUGGCCUAGCAAGAGUAGCCUUCAAUGAUACUCCUACCGCAAUAUUUUGGACGGAUUAUGUAGCAACAAGAUGGUAUAGAGCUCCAGAACUCUGUGGAUCGUUUUUCUCUAAGUACACGCCAGCUAUUGAUAUAUGGAGUAUUGGUUGCAUAUUCGCAGAGCUUUUAACUGGGAAACCUCUGUUUCCAGGAAAAAAUGUAGUUCACCAGUUGGAUCUGAUGACAGAUUUACUUGGGACACCAUCUUCUGAAGCUAUUGCCAGGAUAAGAAAUGAAAAGGCUAGGAGAUAUUUAAGUAGCAUGAGGAAGAAAAAGCCUGUUCCUUUCUCCCAUAAAUUCCCAAAUGCAGAUCCACUUGCUCUUCGACUACUGGAAAAAAUGCUUGCCUUUGAUCAAAAAGACCGACCCAACGCAGAAGAGGCUCUUGCAGAUCCCUAUUUCAGGAAUUUAGCCAAAGUUGAGAGAGAACCUUCUGCUCAGCCAGUAUCCAAAAUGGAGUUUGAAUUUGAAAGACGAAGAAUAACCAAAGAAGAUGUGAGAGAAUUAAUUUACCGUGAAAUUCUCGAAUACCAUCCGAAGAUGUUGAAAGAAUACUUAGAUGGAUCAGAACCUACAAAUUUCAUGUAUCCAAGUGCCGUUGAUAAAUUUAAGAAGCAGUUUGCUUAUCUUGAGGAGCGCUAUGGGAAUGGUGGAGCUGUUCCUCCUCCUGAAAGACAACAAGCAUCCUCCCUACCAAGGGCCUGCGUUUUGUACAAUGAUAACACAACACAAAAUACAACCGAAGUUGCUAAUGAUCUUUCUAGAUGCUCAAUCAAAGAAGUUGAGAAGCCAAAUGUGGAUAGAACUGCUGGUAUCCCUAUGACAAGACUUCCUCUCCAUGUACCUCCUAGUAUUCAAGCAGGUGGUGCUGCUAGACCAGGAAAAGUUGUUGGUUCUGUAUUGCGUUACAAUAACUGUGGUGCUGCAGCCGCAGCUGGAGAGGCUAUUGAACAGCGAAGAAUGGCUAGGAAUUCUGUUGUUCCAAACCAAUAUGCUAUUGCAGCCUCGUCAUACCCUAAAAGGCACCCAUCAUAUAAAAGUGACAAGGAAGAAAGUUCUGUUGAAGGGCCUAAUGCAUUGCAGCCUAAACCUGAGCAGUACAUGGCAAGGAAAGUUGCUGCUGCUCAAGUUGGAUCUGGAAGUCAGUGGUAUUGA